UUUAAAAAAAACAAAAAAACUCUGAGCUACAGAAACACAAAGAGACAGCAAGUUCUGUACGACACACAGAGAAAGAAAGGACAGAGAGAGAGAGAGAGAGAGAGACACUAUAGACUCUGUGGUGUGUUUUGGAGUUUUUUUUAAAGUUUGCUGCUACAGUUGAAGGAGAGAAAGACAGUUAAAAUACAGAUUCAUUUAAAGGAGUGCUACUUUUGGUGGAACAUAAAAAAGAUGUUGCCUGCCUCCUCCCUCCCGCUCCUCCCCCUCCUCCUCCUCCUCCUCCUCUCCCUCCUCUCCCAGCCCUCCGAAGUCAGCAGUAACAGCACUCCAGCCCCGGGCUGCGGGGCGGGACUGGACCCGGUUUACUCUUACCUGUGCGACACGCAGGCCAGCUGGGGCAUCGUCCUGGAAACGGUGGCGGCGGCUGGCGUGGUGGUCACCCUGGCCCUGAUCAUCACCUUGCUGGGCACCGUCCCGUUCGUCUCCAACGCCAAGAAGCUGGGCAGCGUGGCCGUGCAGCUCUACCUGCUGCUGGGCACUCUGGGGCUGUUCGGCCUGACGUUCGCCUUCAUCAUCCAGCCGGACCAGCGCACCUGCCCGACCAGAGUCUUCCUCUUCGGCGUGCUCUUUGCCAUGUGCUUCUCCGCCCUGGUCGCUCACGAAGUCCGCCUGCUGGGGCUGGUGCGGAGGGAGCGGACCCCGAUCGGGGGCUGGGCGGCUCUGGGGAUCGCGCUGGGGCUGACCCUCGUGCAGGUGGUCAUCGCGGUGGAGUGGCAGCUGACCGUGCUGGUGCGAGACGGCAAUCCCUGCUUCUACAGCCAGGGGGAGUUCGUGAUGCUUCUCAUCUACGUGAUGUUCCUGAUGGCGCUGGGUCUGGUCCUGGCCGUGUUCACGUUCUGUGGGACUCAUGGGAAAUGGAAGAAGCAUGGGUGCUUCGCGUUCGUGACGCUGCUGUUGUCGCUGAUGAUCUGGGUGGUGUGGAUCGUGAUGCUGACCCGGGGGAACCCGGAGCUGGGGAAGAGGCCCCUGUGGGACGACCCCGUGUUGAGCAUCGCUCUGGUGUCCAACGCCUGGGUGUUCCUGGUGUUCUUCAUCGCUCCAGAGCUGCACUUUCUGAGCAGGAAGGGGAAGGAGAGGGUGUGGGAGGAGCCCGCCUCGUCUCUGCCCACGCUGACCUACAAGAAGCACGGCGUGGACAACCAGGUCUACCUGCCCGACAACCGCGGCGCCGCUGAAUCUCCCUACGCAACUGCGAUGCCAAUGGAGAAUUUGAGACCCAAACCGGACUUCACAAUCCCGCGCCCCCAAACCACUGCUUCAGCGGAACACCCCUACAGCGACUACUACGGGAGACAUAUAAACAGCCCUGAAUAAUAACUUACUGAGAUACACUGAGAUACACUGAGAUACACACACGGAGACACACACACACGCACACACAUUGACACACACUGAGACACACACACACACUGACACACACACACAGAUACACUGAGACACACACACGGAGACACACACACACUGAGACACACACACUGACACACACUGAGACACACACACACACACACACUGAGACACACACACAGAUACACUGAGACACACACACACAUUGACACACACUGAGACACACACACACUGAGACACACACACACACAUUGACACACACACACACACAUUGAUACACACACACACACACUGAGACAUACACACACACACACACACACACACACACACUGAGACACACUGAGACACACACACACACACACUGAGUCACACAGACACACACACACUGAGACACACACACACACACUGAGACACACUGAGACACACACACACACACACACUGAGACACACACACACUGACACACACUGAGACACACACACACACACUGAGACACACACACACAUUGACACACACACACACUGAGACACACACACACACACUGAGACACACACACACACAUUGACACACACACACACACACUGAGACACACACACACUGAGAUACACACACACACAUUGACACACACACACACACACACACUGAGACACACACACACACACAAAGAGACACACACACACGCACACAUUGAGACACACACACACACACGCGAGCUGAAACAAUAUUUCUAUCUAACCUCUAACCCUGAUUCUAAAAUCCCGAAACCUGAUUCUGCCUCAGAUCAAUCAAUGUUUGAUUCAUUGCAAUUAUCGAAUGUUAAACGUUGUAAAAACAAAACAUAAAAGUGAAGUAGAAGGGUGUUAAGUGUUUAAAAAGACCCGCGUUGAGACGGACAGCCGGAGCAUUUCACACAGGCGACUGAUGAAGAGGAGACUGCAAAACGCACCGCGGCUUCUUACCGCUAGAGGGCAACACAUAACUCACAGCGGCUCUUAUGACGCUGCCGUGGAUUUCCCGAGCAGAAGCGCAGCGCUCAAACUCACCCGGUAACAACGUCAUCAAGCGAUCAUGUGACCAAGGCAAGCGGGGAGAGGCCGAGAUUAGUGACGUCAGAGGCACCUUCAAAUGACAGUUCAAAACAAAUGCAACGUCAAUAAUAAUUAUUAUUACCACGUGACAGGGUCGUAGUCUUACUUUUUAUAAAUUGAAUUUGAUAAUUAUAAUUGCAUUAAAAAAUGAUCAUAAUCCUACACGGGUCCUUAUCCCAAAUUGUAUCCCGGUAGUAUUUGUAUUGCUAUAAACGACACUGUGUUUAAAUAUGAAGCUUGCAUUUCAACUCUGUCUGUGCUGCCCUGUGACAGCUGUGUGACGUCAUAAUAAUGUGAAAAGGCGUGUAAAUGGAUAUAUAGGACUAUAGGACUGAUGACUGUAUGUUAAUUAGUAACCCGUUUCAAUUGCUUAUGUUAUAAGAUAAGCGUCUGUUCGUGAGCUAUAAAUCACAAACACAGGAGCUUCUGAUCAAACUAUUCAAAGCUGACCAGUAUCGGCGUUGUAGUUUUUUUAAUCUUCCGUUUAACUGUAAAGAUAAUUUAUUAAACUGAUUUUUUAAAAAUUAAAA